GCAAGUGGGGGUUGCGUUGGGGUAUAAGAAGGAGCUUUCUCCGCACAUAAAUUUCAGUCGCCAGCUUCAAGUCCUUUGAGUCUCCUCCUUUUGAUCGACCUGGCAGAGAAUACAUCAGCAGACUCAACAUUCGAACCGCUGCUCAAGUGAUACUCCAAUCCAUUGCACUUUAUCGUCUCGGGGAAAAGCAAACCGUUCCUUCGUGUCAGGCACAAUUUUACAACUACAACAACACAUCUCAGUCAUAAAAGAGAGAUAUAUUUUCAAUAAAGGCUGCACCCCAUAAAACAACGAAGAGAAAUUCCAUCCAAAUUCCGUAACGAAAUACAUAAGCGUCUGUUUCUGAAAAAGAACAUGCAGUCGACAUUUCUUCCCGCAGUUAUCAACAUGAGGCGAAUUGGGAUCCUGGCGUCUGCUACGCUCUGCAUACUUUUGCCACUCGUAUUAGGAGCUCCCGCAAGUGAUGAUUCAUUAAAACAACAGAUUGCGUCAGGACUGCUGCGAGGUGACGAUUUCUGGAGCUCACUGAAUCAAGGACGAUUUUAUGAUGGCUAUCCUUCGAGAAGACCAUCGUCCUGGGCGCCCCAUAACUAUCAGAAGCGAUUCGACUCCUUGAGUGGCGAUGCUUUCGGACUUCAGAAGAGAAAUUUCGAUGAAAUCGACAGAAAUGGGUUUGGGAGCUUUGUCAAGCGCAACUUUGAUGAAAUUGACCGGAACUCUUUUGGGAACUUUGUCAAACGCAACUUCGACGAAAUUGAUCGGACCGGUCUUGGAUUUCAUAAAAAAAGGAACGAAAAUGACGGCUACGGUUCCAUUGUGAAGAGGUUUGUGCUGUAAAUACAUAACCACAAAACAAACUUAUUAGUUUCAAAUUAUAGAGUGUGAAAAACCUAUUGAUAUGUUACAAAAUGUACUAAAUGUGUUACAUUAAAAUUUGUCAAGAAUAUAAUUUAGUUCAGUGUUUAAAAAUGUUGGCCACCGUCUAAGCGUAUGAUCUCAAUAAUUAAAAAAUUGUAACAAGUUAUUAACAACAAGGGUUCACACCCACGUUUGAAUAGUAAAUAGUUAUUCUGACUCUAAUUUCGUUUCAAGCUUCUCUACAAACAACUAGCGACUUUUUUAAAACAAGUCAGUCUGCAGUGUGAAACCAUCGUAGUUUUACUAAUUUCAAACCUCUACCUUACCUUAUCAAAUGAUCCUAUCAGUAGUAUCAGUACUCAUCAUUCCUAAAGUAACGCAUAUGUAUCGAAAUCCUGCUUAUUCUGCAUAAUACAUAAAUAAGUAUAGCUAGUUAAAGCUGAUGGUAUGAUGAUGAAUGGUUUGGGUUCGAGACCUGAAAAUCCCCCUGCUGUUAUAUGUAGCUGUAUACAUACAUACAUAAUAUGUAUAAUGUGUAAUUUUAUUAUAUCCUUGUCAAUCUCCUCGUGUAUCAAAUUAUACAAUGACAAAUUAUUAUUAUGAAUGUUACCAACACUAUGAAUGACUAAUAAAGGUUGUUAUAUUUUCUUCGAAGUUAAUGUGCAACAAAUA